GCUACUUCUUCCCCCUUUCCAUCUCCCCCAUUUUUGUUGCUGCGGCUCUUUGUGUGGAUGUGGGUCAGGUAUCGUUGACUUGGCGAGUACAUCCACCUUUGCAUGUUUUCCAUGCCGUCGAUGACAAAUCUCGAGUCCAUCAAUCACGCGCUUUCUCUAUCCACUAAACUCCACCGCAGCGAGUAAUAACGGCAACAAGAAAUUAAAAAGCGACAAGAACAGUGCAGCAUCUUCUUUGUUUUACGUAUCUACUUUUUAAUGCUGAAUCAUGCGGAUGCCGUAGACGCUCAUGUCGGCGUAGAGGUGCCUCACCGCGCAGCCACCGCCCUCGACGAGACCACAGGAGACACUCAGACCAGCAGCGGUGGUGCGUCUUCGGCGAGCCAAACGGAACCGCGCUACAUCCGGCUCCCCGACGCGCUGUUCAACCUUCGAUGCAAAUACCCCACCGUGACGGAGAGCGUCUUCCUCGAAUGUACGCGCUGCCAUCAAUGGGUGGCGGUGCCGGUCCUGCAUGGGAUCCCCGACGAAGUCCUGGAAGGAGACGUGGCACGCAGCGCGCAAGGGCUGGACUCGAUCGACAAGCGCACCACACCAAGCGGGCCUCUGCGGCACGUCGCGUACGAUAGGCUACACCUGCGCGAGCAACUAUCCAUGGAAGCGACCGCCCCCCACUGGAACUCGCCGCGUCUGCGGGAGAGGGAAAGCCAGCAGCAGCACGCCGCUUCCAACGAGGCAGGCGCAGCGCCGGAGAGCUCCUUCAGCAGAGGGAGCGACGGCAGGCGGUCCGAUUCCGCCUCUUCGCCCGGUACGUUUGAGCAGAUUCUGAAGCAGUUCAGGCGUAGCCGGCUGGGCAGCAGCACCAGCACCGCCAAAGCCAACAACGAGCCUACUGCCCCCGCGCACUCGUGCACCCGACCGCUUCGCUACCCGCUCCUGUACAUUCCCAACCCUGACACGUUUGUGUGCGCGGGCUGGCAGUGCGCGUGGGACGCCGACGCCCUCGCGGAUCUGCGAAAGGAGUGGAUGGGCAGCAUCUACAAGGCGCUGCCGAUGCCUGCGAUAUCCGAAGAGGCGCUCUCCUCCUCGUCCUCCGCCCUCAGCCCUUCCUUGUCCUCCUUCCCCGCCUCGCCGGCGCUUUCCUCGAAGGAGCCGCGACAGCACUGUAAAGCGGCGCUGAACGAGGUCCUCGCAGAAGAAUUGCACGUCCACCGCCGCCGUCGCCCCGGUCGCAGCUACGGCGGCCGACUCGCACGCUUUGGUGACCCCGACAGCGAAGGCGGCAGUCUUCCCGCCCUCUCACUGCCCACGCCACCGCUGUCCGCGAGCAGCGAGGCAGAGACACCAACCAACACGACCACCACGUCCAACAGCACAGCGGCCACCAGCGAGUGCGCAAUGCAACUCUCCCACAUGCAAAAGGCGUGGGUCAAGGCGGCGGCACUGCAUCUCCUGCGCGACGGCGGCGACGGUAAGGAGGAAGAGGAGGACGGCCCAGCCCGCCCCCGCCACCCGUACACCACGCCAUCGUCCACGUCGGCCGCGACGGCGGCGAACAACGGCGCCCUGCUGUCGGCGUAUUGCUGGGCGGUGUGCGACGCGUGUGGGAAGCUGCGUCGGGUGGCACAGCCAUUUCCCGGCGGAGCCCCGUUUGUGUGUGCAAUGGCCGUGACAACGUCCUCGUCAUGCCGAGCUGCGCGUGACGGCAGCUAUACGGUGUCGCUUACCUCCUCUGCCGUGGUCGCCGCGGAAGACAACGCCUGCAACGUGUCAGAGGUGGACGGGUUGAUGCAGUGCAGCAUGAAGCUGUGCGAGACGGAGCUGAUCGCGGCGGCCCUGUCGUCGCCCUUUCUCCCCUAUCCACUCAAGUCACAGCUAUCCUCGCUCAGGGCACGACACGACGGCUACGGCGAAAGGGCGGAGGCGGCGAUGACAAGCAGCAGCGACCGACUCAGCCGCGCAGACGUGACGCGGGUGUUGCUGGGCGAGCCGCUUCUGCGCACGAUUCACACCAGCGUGGCGGAAGCCAUUCUUCGCGGCACCAAAAGUCCGACCUCGCCCACACGACGAAUGCCGAGCUCCAAGGAGCGUGGGGCCAGUACGUCUGCCAAAGAGCUGCAGAAAGACCACGAGAACAAAACCCCCCAAGACGAGGACGACGGCGUCUCCGCAGUCGCGGGCUUUCUCCAACGCUCCCUUCCCAUCCUGCGUGAACUGGCCCGCACAAUCAAGAAGCGGGGGUUGACCUCGCUGGCGCGUCAGAUACAGCUGACGCCGGCGCAGAUUCAGGCAAAGCGCGAGGCGGUGCUGCGCAGCUCUCUCCUCGACGGCCAUCAAGUGAGCCACAGCAAGGACAACGGCAGUAGCAACGCGAAUGCCGCUUCGGCCCGACCAGCAGGAGAAGACGCAGCGUCGGUCGAAGCCGAGAGGGUAAAGGAGGAAAUGAAGCAAGAGGAACAAGAAGAAGAGAAGGCACAAGGAGACCGCACAGACGCAGCGAGGGCCGGUGGUUCGGCGACGCGGCCGCGCACGCGAGGGGUGCCCGCCGCACCGCCCGCCGCUACCUCCGCCGCCGCCUCCACUACGCGGAAGGCGUCUGCUGGUGCGACCAAGUCGACAUCCACCGACCAGAAAACAGGUCGAACCCCCCGAGCGGGAAAGGAGGCGCCGGUGGAUGCGCCGGCGGUCCCGGAAAAGCCGAGGAGAGGCCGGCCGCCGACCCGCCGUCUCUCCGCAUGCGCGGCGAAGAGUGAGGAGGCGAAGGAAAGGAGUGCAGCGGCGGCACGCGAAGACAGCGACGGGGACGAGGCACGGUCACGCAAACGACCUCGUCAAGGUGGCGCACCGCAUGCCAGGAAGAGCGAAUCUGCUGAGAAGGGGGAAGUGAAAAAGAAAGGGUCCAAGCGGGUCGCUGAAGGGCAGGAAGACGAGGAUGAGGAGAAGGAGGAUGACGCGUGGGAAGUGGUCCACUGGGUGCAGUGUGAUCGCUGCUCGAAGUGGCGCGUAGUGCCACGGCGGGUGUCGCACCGCAUCAAGUUUUGGGAGUGCAAGAUGCGCUACGAUGAGAAGCGCGGCCGCGCCACGACGUGCGCCGAUCCCGACGAGGCCGACUUGUCAACUUAA